AUGAGUGCUCCAUCACUCUACCCCUCCAUCGGAGAAAAGUGGAUGGUACAUCUUCAUCAUCCUUCCAUCCGCCUCAUCCAGGCUCACAACAUUACCAACACCACCGCCACCUUUCAACAGGAGAGUGUCGGCCAUGUCGGCAACAUUGUAGACAUGGUCAUUUGUUGUCUCUCCUUUGUUGGUGCUAUUGCCAUCAUCCUCCCCUACAUUUCCAAUCGCAGGAGUCGCAAGCUUCGUCAUGCCCUCAUUCUCGGUCUCGCCACCAGUGAUCUUGCAACCUCGAUUGUCAUCAUCAUCACUACUGCUUGCUUGCUAGCAAACAUCAACCUAGUCGAACACCACUCGCCAUGUUCUUUCCUUGGCUACAUCGUCUCCAGCUCCAUCUUCUCCCAGCACCUCUGGAACUUGGCCAUCGCCGUCGUCACCUACAUGAUCUUGGUCCACCCUCUGUCUUCCUUCACCCUUACCGUCGAGAAGCGAGUCCGUUGGCUUUGGCCCAUCUUCUGGCUUGUCUCCUUUGUCAUUAACACCAUUCCUUUUGGAUUCGGUGGAUUUGGCUUCCGAGGUGGCUACUGUGCCUUCACCACUGGCUUCUACUUUUCCUCCAUCUUCCGCUUUGUGCCAAGAGGUGUCGUCUUUAUCGUCAUUCUCUGCCUCUAUACCCAUCUCUUCUUCUUUUUGAGGCGCACCAACCUCUUCAGCAAGGCAAACACCUCCAACUCGAUCAGCCACAGCCGACACAGAUCCAUGCAGCAGAACGCACAUAUUCAGUCCAUCCCGCAUCACCACCACCAUCAGCACAAUUGCCAACUGCAGGACAAGACUGAACAAGGUGCACUUAUCGCCCAGCAGCCACUGUUGCACCAUCUCGCCGCUUCUCCCCUUGACAAAUUGAGCUCCACAGCAAAAGCACCAGGCUCUUCUGCUCCCUCUUCAGCUGCAGCGCAUAGCAGAAAUCCCUCUACAGGCAGCCGCGCCACUCCGAACAUCCUCAACAAGAAUGACCCUGCUGCGCCGAUAGCCAAUCCAAGACGCUCUUCCUCGCUUCUUGAGAAGGAGGCAAGUGUCGAGAUGUCCACCUUCGACCCCUCAUCACGCCGCAAAGACUCGUCGAUUGAUCCAGCCUCUGAUGCGGCUGCGGAGGAUGGCCAGGCAGACACUUUGCUAUCAGCACUUGUCUCGUACAGCAGCAAUAACAACAACCGCGACGAGCAUCCAUCCAGCGGCGCGACAGCAACAGCGACACCUCUUGCUACCUACGGCUUGUUGGAUCCCAACUACAGCAUGGCUUCACCAAGACCCAUGCCUAGCAAUCUCGAUAUCGAAAAAGCCAACGGCCCUCACUACGACAGCUUAAGCAUCAGCCCGCAUUCCCCUUCCAACUCUUCCGCAGGAGGUGAGGGCGCCCGCACAACAACCCAGUCCAACCAAGGCUCAUCAGCGCCACUCAACGGUUCCUUCCCUCGUGACUCAGCCGACUCUGCCACCACACGCAAAGCAGGUGCAACAGAUGCAGCAACAUCAGCCAGCAAGCGACGCUUCACUGUCGAAGCAGCCACUCGUGGCGACGGCCAAAUCGGUGACAAGGAUCAGCGUCGAACAUCUCUCGGUGACUCGCGAUACCGCCCUUGCGGCAACAGCAGCAGCGAUGCCGAGAGCCAAGGAAGCGAUGCUGAGAGCGAGGAAAGCGAUGACUUUGGCAAUCGCCCUAUGCGUCCACGCAAAGACGCGACUGACUUUGACAUGAUCACUCCACCCCGUGAACAUCUCAAACACUACACUGCUCCACUACGCAACUACGCACGUAUGGCUGACAUCCUCGCUAUGGGCGAAGAUGAGAUGGCACGCGCACGCAACGGUGGUGGCAACAACAGCAUUGGCGCUGAACGCCGCGGAAGUGCAGUCCAGAUCCUCGCAGGAGAAGUGGUGGUCGAUAUGCCAAGCAAAGAAGCUUUUGAUGAAGCUCUCGGCGAUGAUUGGAAUUGGGGUAUGGACGUCACUAGAGGUGCACACCCGCAUCACUCUUGCAACAGCAGAAAGUUGCGCUCUGGCAUGAACAACAACAACAUGUCUACAAAGGAGGAAGCAGGAGUUAAUACAGGCACAUCUUCCACCUCUUCCCUUGACGAAAACGGCGUCGAUGCGAUCGGGUCCACUUUGAACCGACAAGCUUCUUUGCUGCUUCUCCUCUACCCAGCAGCGUAUUGUUUGCUCUUCUCCAUCUCGAUCGCUCGUCUCUUUGUUGACUUGGCAGAUCCAGGUGCAUCAGUCCGCAACGCACACGACUGGCUACACCAACUUUCGAGAUGGUUGAUCUUUGCACAGGGUGCCAUCGACGCGCUCAUCUUCCAAUUCAUCGAGAGACAGUUUCGACAGAGGAUGAAGAGGAGAAGAAGAAAAGCAAUGGGUGAGACUGUAGAAGAUAGCUUCACCCACAGGGUUGGCAAGAAAGCAGUCGGCAAGUUGAGGAAACGUUGGAAUCAGACUAGGAGCAAGGCUGAACACUAG